AUGGAAAAACUCUGCAAUGAAAAUGAAGGAAAGCUGGAAAGCGAAGGAAAGCCAGAAAAUGAAGUAGAGCCUGAAAAUGAAGGAAAGUCAGAUGAGGAAGAAAAGCAAGAAGUGGAGGGGAAGUCAGAACACGAGGGAGAGCUCCAGAAUGAGGGACGGCCAGAAGACGAGGGACAACCAGAAGACGAGGGGAAGCAAGAAAAGCAGGGCAAGUCUGAAGCUGAGGGAAGACCACACGGUGAGGGCAAGCGGGAAUCCCAGGCAAAGCCAGAGAGUCAGCCGUGGGCUGCCAAAAACCGCCCCUCUGAAGACUAUGUGCCCCGGAAAGCAAAAAGAAAAACGGACAGGGGGACGGUCGAUUCCCCCAAGGACUAUCAGGACAACUUACAGGAAAGGCACCUGGGCAGUGAGGAGAUGAUGAGAGAAUGUGCAGAUAUGUCAAGGGCUCAGGAAGAGCUAAGGAAAAGACAGAAAAUGGGUGGUUUUCAUUGGAUGCAAACAGAUGUACAGGAUCCAUUCACCCCAAGGGGGCAACGAGGUGUCAGGGGAAUGAGGGGCGGAGGUAGAGGCCAGAGGGGCUUACAUGAUAUCCCAUAUCUUUAA